GUCCUUCUGGACUUCCGGUUAUGCGUAAACAGCUCACAAGCUGAGUCGCUUUGCCUUAAAAAUGUCUAAAGUAACGUUUAAAAUCACGCUGACGUCGGACCCCCGGCUCCCCUUCAAAGUCUUGAGUGUCCCAGAGAGCACGCCAUUCACUGCGGUGUUGAAGUUUGCCGCUGAGGAAUUCAAAGUGCCAUCUGCCACCAGCGCCAUCAUCACUAAUGACGGAAUUGGAAUCAAUCCUGCGCAGACAGCAGGCAACGUGUUCCUGAAGCAUGGUUCGGAGCUGCGCAUCAUUCCCAGAGACAGAGUAGGAGGACAAGGAGACGGACGCUGCUAGUUUCUGCCCAGGAGACCAUAACUCAGCUUGGCCUCACCUAUUUAUGUACUGCUCCAUAGUGUGGAGAAUACACACACAUAAUGACAUGCUGGCCACUUCCCUUAGUAAGUGUAUGUAAACAUCUUCAUUUUUAAUCUUUGUAAAUGACAAUUAAAAAGCCAGUCGCAUGACAUACAACGUAUAUUUGAUAGCUAUUUGCACAUUCCAUCUGCAGAACAUUUGGAAGACCAUUUAUUUUGGAACUAUUGUCGAAGUAAUUUAAUGACGCAUCAAGAUUAUCCUACAAGGGUGGGCAAGUGGUGCUACUAAUGAAAAGUGACACAGGUUUAUUGUUUUAUUAAAAGAAGGAAUUGAUAAUGAAAACAUCCAUUAGCGACACUAAACAUCCAAUCCAUUUUGACUGGAGCGGCUGGUAGCAAUUGAAUGAUCGCUUCUACCUCCUCCCAGUCAAAGACGAUUGGACAUUUAUUGCUGCAAAGAGUUAACAUGAAUUUGAUUGGUUGAUUACGAUUUGCACACUUGUGCAACCACAUUGUCAGAGUUGUUUACUAUUUUUGUCAGGUUUAGGUGUCCACGAUAUAGCUGGCCUCUGAACAGGGGUGUGUAGACUUUUUUUUGUGCCCACAGUGCAAGUCACAAGAAGUCAAUCUGCAGGUAUGAAUAACAAAAACAAACAGUUGUCUUAUACUUUUACACUAUUAAAAGGAAAGAGAACUCAGAAUUUUUUUUAAACUGGACAAGCAUUAAUUUCUCAUGUAAAUUUUAUUCAGUUAAAUAAAAAAAUAUGUACAUUUAAACAUAGACAAGUGUGA